AUGAAGGUUUUAGGAAACCGAUUCUACGCAGAUACUACAUCGAUGGACUCUGAAAAAAAGAAUACUAGAGAAUGGGUAUUCUCUUGCCCAAAUUGCAAAAAACAAUACGCUUAUUUAAGCGCAAGGAACAAACAUUAUGCAACAUGUAAACAAAUCUACAAUCCUGAAGGAGUUAAUUCUGGAAACUUUUUAAAUGUCCAAAAUGCUCUAAGUCAUUUAAAAUACGUGACAGCUUCUAUGAAAAUACUGGGUAAAUUUCGCGAUAUGCAAGCUUUUGUCGACAUGGCAACUUUCUUUAGUCAACCAAAUAUAAGGAGAAGAUUUUCCAAAACGGUUCCAACCAUGGAAGACGGUGUUCCUAAAUGGCAGUGUCCAAAGUGCCAAAAAGUCUACAGACACAGAGAAAGUUUACAAAAACAUUUAAGACUGGAAUGUGGAAAAGAUCCACAAUUCUUUUGCUCCAUGUGUCCUUAUAAAAGUCAUCAAAAAAUCAAUCUUCAAAGACAUGCUUUGAGACAUAUCAAAGGGGGUUUCAAAAAACAAGGACACAGAGAGCUACAUAGUCUCAGAGGUGUUAGAAAACCAAAUUUUUAA